AGUUUAAGAACUUCGGUAAAUAUUUAAUACCCUAGUGCCCUCCAGAUAAAUCAAUAAAGAAGCUUUCAGCUUAAAGUCUUUGCUCUAUCUUAUUGUUCAUGCUUAUGCAGUGAAGAAAAUAAGUCUAAAUUGGCCUCUUCAUUGUGUUAAAAGUAUAUGCUUAACAGCUAAAUUUCAUAUGUGCAUACGUAAGAUUAGGUAAUUCAUUUAAUUUAUGUGCAUAUGUAGCAUUAAGUAAGGGUGUAGUGCAUGUGUUCGCUUUAGUUUAUUUAGAUCGCCAGUCUUCGUUUCUCCAUUUAGCUUUCACUAUUAAGGCAGGCUGUUUGGGUCGUCGUUCUCGGUGUUUUUCAUGAUAGGAAAUGGCCUUGGAAAAAUCACCAGCUCACGAGCACAAGUUGUUCUUUAUGGACACAACAAGCCUUUUUGCCACUAAAGAUUUGCCAUUUUGGGCGUGUGAUGCUUGCAAACGAACAUCUAAAGAAAUGAAAGUUACCCAUUCCUACCGAUGCAUGAAGUGUGAUUUUGAUCUUUGUAAGGAAUGUACAGAACCCAUCACGUCAAGCUAUCAUAUUCAUAAACUGGUCGUCUCGAAAUCGGCUUAUCCAAGUGGAAAAUGGAUUUGUGAUAACUGCAUGGCUAGUUACAAAAGUCAGGGACCUUUAUGCCGACAUUGCGAAAGCGGGUGCAACUUUGACCUUUGCUUUGGCUGCACAAAGGAUCACAAGAGUUUUGCGCAUCCUCAUUAUUUGCUAAAAGCUAAUCCGAAAAUCAACUACCCCUACUCCUCUGGGUGGCAAUGUGAAAUGUGUCACACAGUCUACGAUAAUGACUCCGAAGAGAAACCUUACAAUUGCAAGCAGUGUCAAUUUGAUCUUUGCUUAAAGUGCCUUGAAGCUACGAUUGAAAUUCAACCGAAUAUUGUGAAAGUUGACAAAAGUGUUGAAGAUGGUCACUGCUCGCAUCAUCACCCUGAUGACACAAAACAAACGGACGGAGAACCCCUUGCUCAGGUAUUUAUUUCAUACAACUGGAAUAUACAAGAUAAAGUCUUGGAGCUAAAGAAACGUCUUGAAUCAAGAAACAUCAAAUGUUGGAUGGAUACUGGAAAUAUGGUGGGAGGAGAUGAUUUAAAAAAGGAGAUUGAUAAAGGAAUGCGCAGUUCCAAGAUUGUAAUAUCUUGUGUGACAAAAGCGUACAGCCAGUCAAAUGCUUGUCAGCAAGAAGUUGCUUUAGCUGAUGUCUUGAAAAAACCAAUUCUUCCAGUUUUAUUUGAGUCAGUGACGUGGCCUCCGGAAGGACCAAUGGCAAUGCCAUUUGCACCGUUAAUUUACGUCAGCCUUGAAAGUGGUAUGACGAAUGAAAACUUGGAUAAAGUCGUUAAAACAAUCAAGUCAAGAACUGGAAUGAAAGGAUAGAGAUAUAUAAUAUUACCAAUUAAAUAAAAUAAAAAAAAAUUAAAUAGCUAGUAUUUCGGAAAUUAUUAUGUUAGAAUACAGAUAUGUUGUGUGUCGUAUAGGCAUAACCACGCACGGAGAAUAUAUUUGAUUGUGUGAAAUUAUGCAAAGACUGAUAUAGAGAAACAAACUGAUUAUGAUACCUUAUUUUUCUAAGUAUAUUAAAGGUGUAAACAACGUCUUAUAGUUGAACUUGGUGAUUAAACCAGGUGAAACCAGCUAUAAAAUACAGAUCUAAUAAAAAUUAUUAUUGC